CAUGAAUUCUUCUGAAGAGGACCAUGGAGAAGAGAAGGCAGUGAAGGAAGAAUGGUACAUUUAUAUGUUAAAGAUUUUUGUAACUAUUUUUGGAAUUUUAGGAUGUGCUUUUGUUUUAUUUACAAUAAUGAAAAGGAAAUCACUUCAAAAUCAAAAUGGUAUAUUUAUUUUCUCCGUUUGCCUUUCCGACUUUGUACAGGCAGUUAUUCUUAUGCCUAUAAAUUUGGCAAGUGAAUUCAAUUUAGCAUGGCCUUUGUCUCAAACUGCGUGCGAUAUCGUUGGGAGUCUAACCGUAUCCCUAAUGACUGUAAGCGUUUAUAGUAUAUUGGGGAUGAAUAUCGAUAAGACUUUAGCAAUUGUUUUUCCAUUUAAGUAUCAGACAUACUUUUCGGUGAAAGUAGUUAUUAUGGUGUGUUUUUCAAUAUGGAUUAUAAGUUUAACAGCUAUUUUUGGUGGAAUUAUGGUAGUAGGUGGAGAGUACGUACCUGACAAUGGUCAUUGUAUGCCUGAUUUCUUAAAGAUACCUCAACUUUUCGUAUUAUUCGCAGUAAUUCUGCUAUUCGCGAUUAUAACAAUUGGUUUGAUGAACGUCGUAAACUUGGUGGUUGCCUGGAGGCAGUCUAAGAAAAUAUCCGACCUAGUCAAGGAAGACGUCAGCGUAAUCGCUACAAUCCGUAAAGGUUUAAUAACAACAUCAUUACUUGUGAUGGGAAUGUACUUGACAUGGUCUCCAACAAUUAUACUAUUACUAUUGGAAUUUUCCUUAAACAAACAUGCUCCAAAAUGGUUGGAGAAUAGUCACAUAUGGUUACAAUUUUCGAAUUCUACACUAAAUAUAAGCAUCUAUAUCAUUCGGAUGAAACAUUUUCGAAGAGAAUUACAAAGAUUGUUUGGUUGUGGUAAAAGUAGUGGAGACCAUGAUAGCACAAAUACCUAA